UGGCUCGGUGCAGGGCUCUUAAGAACGAACGGCUUGGGCGCGGGUAAUCAGCUCCCUUUCCCCUUUUCUCUACCUCUUCUAGGUUCUUGGGAGUACGGCGGAGCUUCCGGACCUGAUGCGGGCGCCCGGUCGUGGACUGUCCCACCCUGUUCCUCUACUGCUCGGGGUGCUCCGCGCCCAGACUGGUAUCCGGGGACUGUGACUUGCAGGGUGCACCAUGGAACCAGAGCAGAUGCUGGAGGGACAGACGCAGGUUGCAGAAAAUCCCCACUCUGAGUACGGUCUCACAGACAACGUCGAGAGGAUAGUAGAAAAUGAGAAAAUUAAUGCAGAAAAGUCAUCAAAACAGAAAGUGGAUCUCCAGUCUUUGCCAACUCGUGCCUAUCUGGAUCAGACAGUUGUGCCUAUCUUAUUACAAGGACUUGCUGUGCUUGCAAAGGAAAGACCACCAAAUCCCAUUGAAUUUCUAGCAUCCUAUCUUUUAAAAAACAAGGCACAGUUUGAAGAUCGAAACUGACUUAUUGGGAAGAACAGAAAAAUUUGGUUUCCACUGUAGAUUUACAUGAUUAAGAGGCAACUUUAAUUGCCAUGAUUCCCCCCCCCCAUUUUGGAAGUAUAAGAAUCAUCAGGACAGCAGAACUUAUUUUGGAGUUGCAGAAGAAGACAUAUCUCCCUUAUUGAUUUAAUCACAUACUUAUUUAAUGAGUGUAUUCUGUGCAGUUUUUUCUCAGAUUGUCUUUAACUUUGUUUUUAAAAUGACCUUCAAAAUAAACUGUUAAAACAUCA